CUAGAUGCCAAUCCAAUCGCCUGAAUUUGAGCUCCCACUAUUUCAAUCCUAGUUGCCCGGUUAAUAACGGCAGACAAGCCCUUGGCCCUCGUGAGCGGGUCUGCUUCGAGUCUGCGCGCGAAAGCUUGGCGUGCCUCCCGGACCCUUCGCUUCACCUCCCGCCCCCAAUUCUUCCUCCCGAGUUUAUCGCAUAGACACGGACUACUCCUUCUGCCAUGACGGCGUGAGUCUCGAUUAGCUGUGUUCGUGACUCCUCUGCGCAUACCAUUCCUCCUUCUACCCUCUUUGCCUCCCCCGCCUUGCCCGCUAUGACCGAAUCAGUACCCAGCGAGACACCCGAGCAGUCACAAGCCGACGAGCAGCAUGACCAAGAUUCGGCCUCUAAAUCAGCAAUCAACUCAGCUAUCAAAGAUCGGAGAUGCCAAUACUGUGGCCAGGCAUUCACAUCAUCGUCUUUGGGUCGCCAUCUGGAUCAGUUCCUGUUCAAAAAGAAGCCAGAUGGGAUCCACGAUGUUGAGGAGAUUCGGCGCAUCCGGAGCGGAAUCACUCGUCGGCAGGCCCGCACAAGCUCUGGAAAGCGCGAUGGUAGCCCCGAUUCGAUACAGAGAAAAGGAACGGCUGGCGCCAAUACGUCCGGAGACUCGGCUUCGAAAUCGCGCGACGCCCCCGUGCGCAUGAUGUUCAACACCCCCACCUGGCACGCAACGGGCGUAAUCAACGAUAUACCAAACCCAAGUCGUUCCGCGGAUGGACCUCGACUCGCGCCUGUUCAAUCUCCAGCGGGAUCAUUGCAGCGUCCGGAAUAUGCGGCGCGAGGAGCCACUGCAAACAACCCAGAUACCACGAAAGCACUAGAGCUGGCAUUGCGCGAGGUGCUAGAUAACAUUAGGGCAGCAACAUCCCGGGUUCGACCGCGCCUUUUGCCAUUUGACUUCGAGAUCCAAGCCCAGACUUUCCCCUCGCUCUGUCUACAGCUUCUCCCUCCUCCCCCGAGCCUUUUCGCUUCUCAUCCCUUUUCAUCCCCGACGUCAUUUCCCCUUCAACCGCCUGGCCGCGAACAUUUGGAUAUCGUUCGCCAGGCACUUCGUUCCAAAAUUUCACAAUGGCGAACUGAUCAGCUUUCCAUGGACCCGGGAGCGCGAUUGGGGAAUGUUGGAGGCACUCUUGACAAUUCUAUGAUUUACCGGACAGCCCAUCAACACGAGGAAAUGAGUAUCCGACACCUAGAACUGGCCUUCAAUCACUGGAAUACAUUACCACUCGAAACCUGUCGCGAGGCGUGGCAGCUUGAGAUCACGCGCGCGUUCGCCCGCGAACUUGAGAAGCGCAAGUCAGUGGAAGACCAACUCGCGCGAGUACAGCAGGAAGCGAAUCAAUUGCGAGCCCAGGUUGAAAGAUUGGGCUCCUGCCAGUGGCCACGCGAAUUCGCUCUCUUCCCACCAGACACACUUCCAAUCUCCCGAGAUGUAGCGCGCGAAUUGGAUGCGAAUGAAAGCCAGAUCAGUCCCGAAUCAUCGAGGUGGGACUUUGACAGUGUCGUAUCCAAAUGGAAGCGUGUUGUGAUGCAUGAUAAGAGUAUAGGUCGCAGUGGAGUGGGACACAGUUCUACUGCGCAUCCCUUGGAUAUCGAUAAUCCUCAGCACGAUGUUCGUCCUCCACGACCGGGUGAGGAUACUUCGUCCCACCCGAAUCGCUUGCGGCCUUUGCAAAACACCACUGCAAUGAGUCCAGAUCCUGCCAACGCAUCCACCCCGGCAUCAUCAACGAAUUAUGCCUCUCCUUAUUCACAUGCCGAUCCUCGCAGUCCAUCAACUGCUAGCGCACCGGGUCCACAGGCCAAGCGCCCACGACUGAUGAAUGGAUCCGAGGGUCUCUCAACAGCGGAGCCAGCGACGACUAAAGCCUCCGGCCCUAGUUCGUGGCUCUCCUCUACUCCUAUCCUGUCUAAUUUGGCCGCCCCGUCCGGGCAAACGCCCCCAGCUGCUUCUCGUGGUUGAUUGAUUCAUUAUACAUACUUGAAAGCGUUCAAUCCGUUCCUUGUUCAUAAGGGGCAGAUUCUAUCAUUGCAUUAGGACUACGUCGAUAUUACUACACAUAAUAUAUACCCCAUUCAUAUUGUUCUUACACGAAGGACUGUGCUUGCAAGUGUAAAUUUCGAGGUAGAGUAAG